AUGCGUCUCUUGGCGACGGCUUCAACUGUAGUCGCCCUACUGGGCCAGGCUCUAUCACAGGAUGUCCCGAGUUUUCCUUUCCCAACCACCUGCUCCGGCGUUGCUGCUCCCCGAUUCCAAUACACGCUUGAUUCUGGUUGGGAGGUCACCAAGAUCGCCAGUGGGCUUCGCCAACCACGAACUAUCAUCUUCGACCCCCUGGGCCAUAUGCUAGUGUUGCAAGCCACUUCUGGAAUCUCCGUACACACGUUUGGUGCCGACGGAUGCAUUAAUAGCACCAAGACCCUCCUCCAGAGUGCCGGCCUCAAUCACGGUCUGAGUCUCACACCCGAUGGCACGACUCUCUAUGCUAGCUCGCAGACAACGGCUUGGUCGUGGACCUACGACCCAGCAGCGAUGACGCUGACCAACCAGAAGACCGUAAUCAGUGGUAUGGGACAGGGCAUUCACUCCACACGUACCAUCCUGGUUUCGCCCAAAGACCCGAACCUGAUCAUCGUCUCCGUUGGUGCUGCUGCGAACUGGGAUAACCCGACCAUUGACCCCAGCGUUGGUCGCGCGAUCGUGAAGGUGUUCGAUGUGAGCAAGGCGCCGGCCAAUGGCUAUAGCUACAACACCCAAGGCACGGUUUUGGGUUAUGGUCUACGUAACGAAGUUGCAUUGGCGUUUGACCCGAACGGUCACGUAUGGGGUGCUGAAAAUAGCGGUGACGACUUCAGGAGAACGGUCAACGGCCAGUCCACUGACAUCCAUAUUGACAACCCCGCAGAGGAGUUAAACUACCUCGGAGACCCGGCCGCACCCCUUGCGAAUACCUGGUUCGGUUACCCGACCUGUUUCACUGUGUGGGAGCCGUCCAACUUUAACGACAACACGGCGCUGAAGACGGGCUCACAGUUCGUCGUGUCGCCCAACCAGACUUUCAGCGAUGCAUCUUGCGAGGGCAAGUCGAAUCCGCCACGCCUAGCGUUCCCGGCACACAUGGCGCCCAUCACCAACGGCUUCGACCCGGCGGGUGAGAAUCUGUACAUCACGUUCCACGGCAGCUGGGAUCGACAGCCCGCUCAGGGUUAUUUCGUAGCCGAAGUGCCAUUUACAAAGAACGCCGAUGGCCAGUAUGAGCCCGUCGCUGCUGCUGACAGCAAGACUGGCUACAAAAACAUCAUUGGCGCCCAAAGCCCGGGCUCCUGCAACUCGCCUUCCUUGACCAUGAGCAGUUGCUGGCGUCUAGCUGGCCUCAGCUGGGACGCUGCCGGCGAGAGGCUGUUUAUCAGCUCCGACAACCAGGCUCAAGGCGAGAUCUUUGUGUUGAGAAAGAAGGCUUGA